AUGGUGUUCUCGAUGCUUGUCAUCUGUCGCGAUCAAGGCCUGCCUUUGCCGGCGGGUGCCAUCCUAAUUUCCCCUUGGGUGGACCUUACGCAUUCGUUCCCGAGCAUUGUCGCGGACAACCCGGGCGACUACAUUCCUCCCUAUGGCUUCAGACAUAAACCCUCCGCUGCAUGGCCCCCGCCAAACGCGGACGAGCUGCGUGAGCUCAAGAAAGGCCUCAAAAAACACCCAGCCAGCCAAAGUGAGGCUCUCAAGGCCAUACCGAAUGACAGCGAGGCCGAAGAAACAGCAGCGAAGGGUUAUUCGAGCCGUAGGAACAGCGCGACCAACGCGGAACGUGCCUUCGACAUCGAGCACGAGACUGUCAAGGUGGUACUUGAUGGGGAGACAGUGGAGGUCAAGGACCAGAUUCACAUGUACACUACUAACGAGCUUCUGUCUCAUCCUCUCGUCUCCCCUGUCUUCCAGCCAUCACUGGGAGGUCUACCUCCACUGCUGAUCCAAAGCGGAGGUGGUGAAAUGCUACGAGACGAGCAGUUCUACAUUGCACAUAAGGCCGCCAACCCCACAGCAUACCCGCCCAGUGACAAGUUCCUCGACGAGCAUGAUCCAUCACGCGAGAUUCUUCACAAAUACCCCGGUACCCAUGUUCAGCUACAAGUCUGGGACGACCUCUGCCACGUCGCUCCCACUCUCAGCUUUACACGUCCCGCGAAGUAUAUGUACCGGGCGAUCGCUCAAUUUGGGGCCUGGGCUCUGGCAUGUGCGCAGAAAGAGGAGGUGGAAAUCGAAGAUCAGCAGUCCGGGUCAUCCAGCGAAUCUGACAAACCAGGAGACGCUGUUAACGGUACCACCAAUGGCACCGCAGUCGCAUCGAUCGGACGGGCAGGCGAUCCAUUACCGGCCUUCAAAGACCGCAUGAUCCGACAACGAGUCGACAAACGGGGCAAUAUCUACCCGCUUGAUCCUCCGUCUCAGUGUCCCGUCCUCCAGAUCCCCAGCUCCCAAGUCGGUACCUUCAACCCCAAACUUGUCCGUGGAUGGCUGGCAGCCAAGGAGGAAUGGGACGAGAAAUUCGCCAAAGACAAGCUCCGGGUUCAGCGACAGCGGAUCAAGGAAUUGGCGUACGGCCUUCAGACAUUCAAGGAUGAGUUGCCUCCACCCAGUUCACUUGCUGCGAGACGCAAUGCCCCUGGCGUCUUGCCCUCCAAGACCGGCCGCAAGAGUUAUCCCAUGACGAUGUGGAGCAGACUGGCGAGCAAGCAAGACGAGAGAUCCAUCGCAAAGGAACAGCAGAAAGGCUGCGAGGUCAAGCGAAAGAGUGUCGACGCCGGGCGCGCCGGAGCGUCAAUGGACGAGGCCAACAGAUCGAAAGCCGAGAGUUUACGCCCGUCCUCUCAACCGGCUACUCUUGCCUCGCACCCUACGAAUAUCGUCAUUGUUCCAACCCAAUCAGAAAAAGACAGCGUAACCUCCCACAAGGCGUCAACUGACGCAGUUGAUCAGCUGGGAACCUCUCCCCCGCAAGGUACAGCCCUGAGCAAAUCCAGCAGUCGACUUAUGUUACUCCCCGAAUACGAGGGGAAGACGCUGCUCGACGAAAACGCUAGCACAAGGACGCUCUUCCGUGAAGCCGGGGCCAUCCCCACCACAUCAGAUGGCGUAUGGUCACGACUGCGCCAGCGGCCACUAUCCCAUGCUGGGUCCGGCACUAUCCGCAGCGAAUUUACCUCCGAGCUCCCUGAAGAUAGCAGCACGAUCGGCGAUGAGAAAUCCCUUGCGGUGACGACCACGGGUGUCGACGAAGCCAGUACCCGCGCUGUACUGCGCGCCGGUGGUGUGGUGGGUCUGAUGAGCGAUGAUGGCGACUCAGCUUAUCGCUCGUUUGAUGCGCUGUCGACGACGGAUGCCGGUGAUGCCGAAUCUGUACCUGGUGGUGUGAAUGGUGAUGCUGGAGGUGUAAAUGGCAGUGCUGAGGUUGACAAACACGCGCGUCCGACUAUGCCGGAUCGCGAGUUCUUCAAGACGGCUGAGGAGUAUGUGGCUUAUUGA